ACGGAGACAGAGCAGGCAGUCAAAAUGCUCAUAUGUGGCGAGCGGAGCUGAAAUCUCAGCGCAACUGGAUAAAAAAAAAAAAAGUGGCGUCCGGAUGGAGCUAAAAAAAAAUAACAGGAAUAUUACAUACUGGGUGUUUUCUCUUAAAUGGAUUACCUAAGGAAUAUGAUAUUCAGUGGGAUUGCCCAAUUGCGUGAAUUCGGAUUCUCAAGGUAACAUCUCCACUAGUGUGAAACAGGAAGUGUCGUCUGUGAGCAGCCAUGGGCCAGAGAGCUGCGCUUCUGCUCAGUGAGCUGCUGCUGCUGCUGACAGCCUCACGCACUCUCCUCGCAGUCAGCUUCCCCGAGGACACCGUACCCCUCGAUAUUGUUGACGCACACUUUUCACGGAGGUACCCUGUGUUCAGAGGCAGGCCCUCUGGCAACGAGUCACAGCAUCGCCUUGACUUUCAGCUGAUGACCAAGAUACAGGACACACUGUUCAUCGCUGGCAGAGAUCAGGUGUACCUAGUCAGUCUGAGAGAAUCCUACAGGAAUGAGAUCAUUCCUUACCGGAAGCUUACAUGGCGAUCAGGCCAAGCUGACAGAGAGAUGUGUGCCGUGAAAGGAAAACACAGAGACGAGUGCCACAACUUCAUCAAAGUGCUUGUUCCCAGAAACGAUGACCUGGUGUUCAUCUGUGGUACCAAUGGCUUCAACCCCAUGUGCAGAUACUACAGGCUGGAUAACCUAGAGUUUGAUGGCGAGGAGAUCAAUGGACUGGCACGAUGCCCAUUUGACUCCAAGCAAACCAACGUUGCCCUUUUUGCUGAAGGGAAGCUGUAUUCUGCAACUGUAGCGGACUUCCAGGCCAGUGAUUCUGUCAUCUAUCGUAGUAUGGGUGAUGGAUCAGCUUUGAGGACCAUCAAAUAUGACUCCAAAUGGCUGAAAGAACCUCAUUUCCUGCACGCAGCAGAGUAUGGGAAUUAUGUGUACUUUUUCUACCGAGAGAUUGCAGUGGAGCACAGCAAUCUGGGCAAGGUUGUGUAUUCUCGCGUGGCCCGGAUCUGUAAGAAUGACGUCGGUGGGUCACAGCGGGUGCUGGAGAAGCACUGGACGUCUUUUGUGAAGGCGAGGCUGAAUUGCUCCGUGCCAGGGGAGUCCUUCUUCUACUUCGAUGUGCUUCAGUCGAUCACUGACAUCAUCAAUAUCAAUGGAGUUCCUUCUGUAGUGGGUGUGUUCACCACACAGAUGAACAGUAUCCCAGGUUCAGCAGUGUGUGCCUUCUCCAUGGCCGACAUAGAGAAAGUAUUCUGGGGCCGGUUCAAAGAGCAGAAGACUCCUGACUCUGUGUGGACUCCAUUCCCAGAGGAGAAGUUACCCAAACCUCGACCCGGGUGCUGUGCAGGUCAUGGUCCAGCUGCAUCCUUUAAGAGCUCCAUCGAGUUCCCAGACGAUACCCUGCAGUUCAUCAAGUCUCACCCCCUCAUGGACACAGCUGUGCCUUCUAUUGGGGAUGAGCCUUGGUUCACAAAGACUCGCGUCAGGUACAGACUGACAGCGCUGGCUGUGGACAAUGAAGCGGGACCUCACAAGAACUACACAGUGGUGUUUAUCGGGGCUGAGUCGGGGGUUGUCCUGAAGGUUUUGGCCAAGACCUCCUCUGUGGCCCUGAAUGACAGCCUGCUUUUGGAGGAGAUAGAUGUCUUCAACAAGGCAAAGUGCCUGUCUAACCGCGAGGAUGACAAGCGUGUCCUCUCGCUGCACGUGGACAAAGACGCACACAGCCUGUAUGUCGCCUUUUCAAGCUGUGUCAUCCGUAUUCCUCUGAGUCGCUGUGAAAGGCAUUCUUCCUGCCACAAGUCCUGCAUUGCAUCAAGGGAUCCUUACUGUGGCUGGAAGCCUCAUGGAACCUGUGAGAGGAUACAGCCUGGUGACUUGACUGAAUAUGAGCAGGACGUUGAAUUAGGAAACACUGCCCACCUGGGAGACUGUCACGCGUUUUUGGGCACUACAUCAGCGCCAGAUUACAAAUCAUUUGGCGACCCUACCUCUGACAUGGAGUUUUCAUCAACGCCAGUCACUGUCCACCCCAGUGGGCCCAUACACCCCCCAGUACUCAUACCCACUCAGAGCCCCAGCUCUGGACCUGGUCCAGAGCUCUACGGCUCAGGCUUUGUGCUGCAGGAUGACCCAGCCACCUCCCAUUCUUUAGACUCAAUCCCAGGGGGCCAAGAGGGUGUGUGGGAUAUCCAAGCAGGUGAGACCAACCAGAUGGUCCACAUGAACAUCCUCAUCACCUGCGUGUUUGCUGCUUUUCUCAUGGGUGCUCUCCUGGCUGGUCUGAUUGUUUUCUGUUACCGAGACUCAUUCCUCCGCAAGCCAAGACAUGUCCGCAAGGACACAGAGUCAGCACCAUCCUGCUCCGACUCCACUGGGAGCUUUGUUAAGCUCAACGGCCUCUUUGACAGCCCUGUAAAGGAGUACCAAACCAACAUUGAUUCUCCCAAGCUGUACACCAAUCUGCUGAGCAACGGCAAAGACCUGAAUACACCUAAUGGUGACACCAAGACCAUGAUCCUGCGGGAUGGCUGUCAGCCCCCUGAGUUGGCUGCCCUGCCUACACCUGAGUCCACCCCUGUGCUUCAACAGAAAGGCCUGCAGCCCAUCAAAAACCAGUGGGAAAGGGCUCAAGGGAAGGUCAGUGGGCCUCGCAAGGAGUCCAACUCAUCGGCCAAGAGUCCUCAGUUCCUUUCUUCUGCUGCUGCUCCUCCUAACUCCAACUCCCACCAACCUCACCUUGCGCUGGGACACUCCCACAUCCCUAGUGCAGUUGUCCUGCCCAAUGCCACACAUGACCAUCCGAACCUUGACAAUGGAGAUGAUACACUGCCACAUUCUUCUGAAACAAAGCUGAAGAAUCCAGAUUCUAAGGGAGGUAGGAAAGAACAAAAGAGGUCUGUGGAUGCUAGAAAUACCCUAAAUGACCUUUUAAAACACCUCAAUGACUCUGUGGCCAACCCCAAGGCCAUUCUUCAGGAGGGAUCAGGGCCCCGCCCAAGGCAACAGCUCACACUGGAGCCCAUGGAGGAACUGACUGAAUUACCCCCUAGGGUGCCCAGCCGUGAGGCUUCCCUGUACUCUCCCUCUUCCUCACUGCCGAGGCACAGCCCCACCAAGAGGGUUGAUGUGCCCAUGCCCACCACUCCAACAACACCAACAGGCAGCCUGAGCAUGGGUGGCACCCUGGAGAGGCAAAGAGGGGGUUAUCAACUCCACCGGAGUGCCUCUCACAGGCACUCCUUAUCCACCUCACCAAAUGGGGUAACCAUGGGGGUGUCUGUGUCUCGCCAACACAGUAUGAACAGAGGGGGUUACAUGCCCCCAACACCCCCCUCCAGACUUGACUCCCAUAGCGGAGUGAUGGGGGCAGGAAUGCACUCAGCCCACCCAUCCUCUGUAUCCCGACAGAGCAGCUACAGUGGACAUUGCUCACUCCCUCGAACGGGACUUAAACGGACCCCAUCGCUAAAGCCAGAUGUGCCCCCAAAACCCAACGGGUUUUCACCACAGACUCCACAGAUGCGAGUGGUCAAUAAGUACAGUUAUUAAAAGAGCAUGGACACUUCUGAGUCAGCUCUUGGCCUUGACUGUAGAGCUUUGAGCCCUGGGGGCUUGGGGUUGGGGCUAUGGAUGGGGUAGGGCCUAUUGUGUGUUUGUGUAUCGACUUGAGGUGUGGUCCCCCUUUAAAUGAUAUGCACAUUCACUCACACUAAAAAGGGAAAUCACACAUGUGGCCAAAGAUACUCCUUGGGGCUUUUUCGCUCCCUAUGUCUCCAUCUCGCUCCCUUGUCACGGUAGCGACAGGAUAUGAACAGUGGACAGUGGUGAAUCUGCUGCUCCCCAUUGUAUCUGGGCUUGGGUAUUGUCCGUUCCGAUAUUAGGUACGAGGUACACUAGGACACUAGCUGGGGCAGCUAUGGCGUCUGUGCAUGUGGUACCAGGUUAAAAACAGUGGAAUACUUGAAGAAUGGGUCUCAUUUGUUACUGCCCUUAAGCACUGUCUUCCCACUAAUGUGAACUAAACAAAGGAGAGGUAGCCAUGCCUUUGUUAGAAAGAUGGCUGGGGGCAGGCGAGAGGAUACCAAAAAAUCAUUGUGAACGUGUUAAGAUACAUAUGGCCACAAACAUCAGAAUCAAGCAGCAAGCGAACAAAGAAAAAGAGCAAAUUAAUGUGCGAGUGUGUGUUGGUUGAUUGGAAAGCAGAUUUUUGUAAAGGCAGUACACAUAAUUAGCUUUCACAUUUGGUUAUUAAGAGUGGUGCCACAUGCCAGAGGAUGCACCUUAUGACGUGUCUAAGACCUUAGUCACUGUCUCUCAUUUCAACAAUAUUAGCUCUUUCUGCUCUUGUUUUAACCCACCUGAACCGAUCCUAAACCUUAUUUUUGUGUCACUUUAUAGUGUUUCUAGUAAUUAGGUUAGGCUGAUGUGAAGUUGGUCAUGCUGGGUGUAUACUGGGACAUUGACUCUGUAACACACUGGGAAAUUUUACAUAGUACAUUUGCUGCUAUUGGUUUUAGACAUAUGUGUUUGUCUGUCAGACAGAGGCCAAGAAGUACAGUUUUCAGAAACCAAACGCACUGUUUAAACUGAUAAAUUGGAAAACGUGUUUCUCUCCAGAACCGAAACCUCCCCUAACCUCCACUGCCCCUUUGUAGGAAUUAUACAGGUGGUUCAAGAGACCUAUUUCUUUAUGUAGCAAUGGUAUUAAGAAAAAAAAAAACAUACAUUUCUCAUCUCGUUCUAUAACUGAAUUUUGAACAAAGUGAUUUGCCUUUAUAAUGUUUUACUGUGUUAUUUAAGGAAUUUACCAUAUGAAACUAAAGCAACACCAAUGGUUUAGCCCAUGUAUAUGAAUUCAACAUUUCAGGGCACCUCUGUUCUGUUAAACUCGUGUGUCCCAUAAUAGAAGAACACUAGAACUUUCCUCCUACAUUAAUCCUAUUAAAAGGUAUAUUAAACUGACCCUAGAACAAUAUGUGGAUGUAACACCUCUGUCAUCUGCCAUGCUGGUUCUGCAGCCCAUGUUCCCUGUGCAGCUUCCCUGCGAGUGGCCAGUGUACAAUCAACACAACAUUUACCAAUGUGUCCAAAUGAGUCAUGCUGGGAAUGACAAGAUACUGUAUAUAUUUAAAUAUUAUAAAUAAGGAGUAUAAAUAUUUUUAGGCAAGUGAACCUGAAUCUGUGCAUUGUGUGCCUUAUUCACAAAAUGAACUACUACAGUAUAUAAUAUUGGCAAUGUCAAUUGGUCCUCUGUAUGUUAUUGUCAUAUACUAUAUAAACAAUUUUUAUAUAAGCCAUUUGAAAAUCAGCAGGAUGUGUUGUAAAAUCACUACCUAAUCCAAACCGAAAAUAUGUGGAAAACAAAUUGUCUGACAAACAUUCCAUCUGUGAAUGCUAGUUGUACAAAAAGACAGUCAAAACACAUUAAUUUGGGGUAUAAAUCAAUUUUUGUCCUUUACUGCCGGUGUUGAAAAGAAUUGUGUUAAUCCACCACAUAAGAGGUGCCAUGCAGUGAAUGUAUUUUCUUGACAGUGGGAUGUAGGGUGGUUAGACCUUGUACUGUGGAGCAGUCGACUCAACGCAGCACAUCCUGCCCACAUCCAAUGUAUUAACAGCGUUCAUGUGAAAGCCGUCUGUUGGCAUGGGCGGUGGUCACGCAGAAUCUGCAAUUCCCCAGGAUUGCAGUGGCAAGAAUUGUUUCUAUCGGCCAGUAGGGAUGACUGAGGGAUAAUUUCUCUCAGAAAUGGGUACAUUAUUUGGGUGACAUCUGCAAUCCUAUCCGAGUGUCAGUUGCCUGUUUAGCCCAAAGCCACAUUUUGUUUACAAGUGAUGAUUGUAUGUAAAGACUUUUUGCCUGUCAUCUAACCAGUGUUUGGGCUCUCUUUUCUACUCGACACAUGCACACUGACAUCACAAACAUACACUCAACAUACACUGCUCAACUGCCUUGUACAUUGCAAUAUGAAGUGGGUCUUUCUGUUGCAAUCUAAAUUGAAGCCUUUAUAUUUCAGUCUGAGCUCAGUGUAUGUGCAGAUGUGCAGAUGAACCGGAUUUUGUCAUGUCAUUAUGAUUUAAAUACUGUGCAACAUGGCGAUGCAAGGCCAGCUGUAUAUAUGAUCUCCAGAGUAUUUGAGCGUGUAGAUAUGUUGUAAAGUUGUACUGUGAAUGUGUAAAUAAUAAUGAUGGUCUUUGUUUCAUGAUAUUUUUUGUUGAUUUUUUUAACACGGCAUGUAUAGUUGAAAUAAAACA